AUGGCCGCGGUCGACCCGACUUAUCCCAGCUAUCCUAUUGCAUGCAGUUUGGCUACUGCCUUAAUGGUGCUUGUUUUAUCGACGAAUUUUGUCCGGAAAAGCUGGAACCUUGGCAUCACCUUUCUGUGCGCCUGGAUAGCUAUCGAAACGCUCAACCAGGCCAUCAACACAGUCGUGUGGUCCAAUAACACCGACAUAAAACUAUAUGUCUACUGUGACAUCUUCACUCGUCUUAUGGUCGCCGCGAACGCUGGAGUCGGCAUUGCGCCCUUGCUCAUCACGCGACGUCUUUACCUGAUCGCUACACUGCAGUCCGCCAGUCUAUCGAUAUCCACCCAAGCGCGGCAUUGGGACAGGAUCUUAGAGUGGACACUCGGACUAGGAUGGCCUCUUGUGAGCGCGGGCCCUAUCUACUAUGUUAUGGAGACCGAGCGUUUUGAAGUGCUCGAGGGGGAAGGAUGCUCAAACGUAUUCGAUGGCUCGAUACUCUUCAUCAUUCUCUCAGAGGUCUGGAGUCUACUUCCCGGUCUCAUCUCCGUUCUCAUUUACUACCCGAAAGUCGCCUCCACAUUUUAUCGUCAUGGGAGAGACGUCAAUCAAUUCUUACGCAGUAACGGGUCUGUGUCGCGCACGAGCUACAUGCACGUUUUGGCCAUCGCCAGCAUCAACCUCUUGUUGACGUUACCCAUCGGACUCGUGACUUUGGCCUUCUCUCUGCGCAGUCAAAUGGACGUGAUAAAGACUUUCCCCUUCUACUCAGGUUGGAAGGCUGAUCACUCUGAUUGGACCCCGACAACUGCCCCAUAUCCUGGCGCUACGUUCCAUGGUACAUAUCUCGUCUUUUACUGGUACUGGGGUCUAUGGACGGCACCUGUGACGGCAUUCGUUAUCUUCGGUCUCUUCGGCCUGACGAAAGAAGCUCGCACAUCAUACUGGCAGAUCAUCUGCACCAUAGGCAAUUGUUUUGGAUGGAAGCCCGCGUCAAUUGCUCAAAAGAAAGGUCAAGAGCUGGGCACGAUCGAAUUCGGCGAACGUCCAAUGGAGGAAAUUUCGCUCGGCUCAGGGACGGGAACUUCGAACAUUGUCAACGUCGAAUGCAGCCGUCUUGAACCUGAUGCCGGACGCGGAGCUGGGAGCGCAGUGAGCGAGACAACCUUGGAUACCAGCAAGGAUGGAAGUCUUGUCUACCACACUUCUGGCGAGGAAGGGGAGCUACAGGAGCUUCACGUCAUGGAGGCAGAGGCAGAGGGCGCCGGUGAAGCUGUCAAUCCGUUGGAAUAUUGA